GCCAAUAGCGUUGCCGCGUACGGGCCACCCGCCACAGUCCGGUGCCAGAGGAGUUGUCAGUGCUUCAGUUGUGGAGUAUUCCGAGAGGGAGUGGGUGGGGGACGUCUGUGCGAUGCCGAAUAAAACGAAAAAAGAAAAGGAUCCCUCCAAGUCUGGAAAAGUGGGCAAGGGUGGAAGUCAGGAGAAUUCAGAGCAUGAGUCGGGCUCCAAUAGGAAGGGCGGCAACAAUGUCCCUCCCACCACGCAGCUGCUGAAGGGGAAGCAGCCAGUUUCCCAGACACCUGUCAAAAAGGACAAGAGGCAGAGCUCCUCUCGCUUCAGCCUGAGCAACAACAGGGAGCUGCAGAAACUGCCGGCCUUCAAAGAUGUUCCCCCGGCCGAACAGGAGAAGCUCUUCCUCCAGAAGCUGCGGCAAUGCUGCGUCCUCUUCGACUUCCUGUCCGACCCUCUGAGCGACCUGAAAUGGAAGGAAGUGAAGCGCGCUGCGCUCAGCGAGAUGGUGGAGUUCAUCACGCACAACCGGAACGUCAUCACGGAGCCCAUCUACCCGGAGGUGGUGCACAUGUUCUCGGGGAACAUGUUCCGGACGUUGCCCCCCUCAUCCAACCCCACAGGGGCGGAGUUUGACCCGGAGGAGGACGAGCCCACGUUAGAGGCUGCAUGGCCACACCUACAGCUGGUCUAUGAGUUCUUCCUGCGGUUCUUGGAGUCACCAGACUUUCAACCAAAUGUAGCCAAAAAGUAUAUCGACCAGAGAUUUGUCAUGCAGCUACUAGACCUGUUUGACAGCGAGGACCCCCGCGAGAGAGACUUUUUAAAAACCACGCUCCACCGCAUCUACGGGAAGUUCCUCGGUCUGCGGGCCUACAUCCGAAAACAUAUUAACAACAUAUUUUAUAGGUUCAUCUAUGAGACUGAACAUCAUAACGGAAUAGCAGAGCUACUGGAAAUAUUAGGCAGCAUAAUCAACGGCUUUGCGUUACCACUAAAAGAGGAGCACAAGAUAUUCCUUCUGAAAGUUCUGCUGCCACUGCACAAAGUCAAGUCUCUCAGCGUCUAUCACCCACAGCUGGCCUACUGUGUCGUUCAGUUCCUUGAGAAGGACAGCACUCUCACAGAACCGGCUGUGACGGCGCUGCUCAAGUACUGGCCCAAGACCCACAGCCCCAAGGAGGUGAUGUUCCUCAACGAGCUGGAGGAGAUCCUGGACGUCAUCGAGCCCUCGGAGUUCGUCAAGGUCAUGGAGCCGCUGUUCCGACAGCUGGCCAAGUGCGUCUCCAGCCCCCACUUCCAGGUGGCGGAGCGGGCGCUGUACUACUGGAACAACGAGUACAUCAUGAGCCUGAUCAGCGACAACGCGGCCAGGAUCCUGCCCAUCAUGUUCCCCGCGCUGUACCGCAACUCCAAGACCCACUGGAACAAGACAAUCCACGGGCUGAUCUACAACGCUUUAAAGCUGUUCAUGGAAAUGAACCAGAAGCUGUUUGACGACUGCACCCAGCAGUUCAGAGCCGAGAAGAGCAAAGAGAAGGCCAAGUGGAAGGAGAGGGAGGAUGCAUGGGUGAAGAUUGAGAGUCUGGCCAAGACCAACCCGCAGUUCCUGCUGUACAUCGACCUGGGGGGCACGGGCUCCCCCAUGGACAUGGAGACGGACUGCCCCCCGCUGGACGACGUGGCGCUGCUGAAGAAAACGGUGGAGGAAGAAGCCAUCCAGAUCCAGCGGGAUCCGCGCAAGGACCGCCCGCUCAUGCGGAGGAAGUCUGAGCUCCCCCAGGACGUGUCCACCGUCUCCGCCCUGGAGUCCCACCGGCGGGCCCAGGACAUUUUGCCCCUCGGCGACGGCGGCCACUAGGACCGCCGCCCGGUCCGGCAGAAGCCAGCAUCAGCCGCCGGCGCCAUUCGGCCGCUCGGGACGGCCCGGUCCUGCCAGCCCACCAGCCGCCCCCCAGAGCCGAGCCCCCCCCCGGCCUGGCCUCAGUGCAGGGCCUGUCAGGGGGACGAGAGCUGCGGGCAACGCUGGACUUUCUUUGCUUGACCGGAAUAAAAAAAGGCGCUCCACCACGUUCAAAGGCGGCCGUUCCUUCUUCCUCCUCCUCCUGUUCUCCGCUCCCGUUCUCCUGGCUUCUUUCCUCUUUUGUUCAAGUGUUUUCCGCUUUGUUUCGCUCUCGGUUAACGGGGUGCAGUGCUGCCCCCUUCUGGUCAUUUCUCUCAGGUGUUUUCUGUGUGAUCUGUCUCUCUCUUCUUCUCUUGCCUCUUUUUAAGAUGUCAGUGGUUGUACGGGUGACGCACGCUUGCCCCCCCCCCCCCUGCGCACCUCCACCUGGGAUUUCUUUCGCAUUUUAAUUUAAAAACAAAUCCAUACAACACCAACCCAUCAAUUGUUUUCUUCCAAACAGCACACUGCGAUUAUCCCAUACCGUGUCGUAUGGUCCCCAAACGGCUUUAUAGGUGUGUGUGUGUGUGUGUGUGUGUGUGUGUGUGUGUGUGUGUGUGUGUGUGUGUGUGUGUGUGUGUGUGUGUGUGUGUGUGUGUGUGUGUGUGUGUGUGUGUGUGUGUGUGUGUGUGUGUGUGUGUGUGUGUGUGAAAUUCAUGGCUGUAUCCGUCUGUCCUCUAGAAUGCACGCUUGGAUCCAAACUCCUCAGUUUUGUGGGCGUUCCCCCCCGCCCCCCAAAGCAUAGCUCUCCAGGUUAUUCCGUCUGUGGGACCCCUUUCUGUGCGUUCCCUUGCAGGGGCCUAGUCUGGUGCCAACAGCGUUCUCGUUGUACCACGCAAACCCCCCCCCCCCCCGUCUGUCUGAAGCAGUCGUCCGUGCACAACUCGGGUGUCGGCUCAUCCUUGUUCUAGCUUUUCUUUUGCCGGCUCUGGAGAGCAGCUGGAGAUCUAGCUGCGGAAGGUGUUUACAGACCGUCCCAGGCCACGCUGGGUUCAGAGGUAAGCAGACUCUGGGGACUUGUGCUGGUGUCUUGCGGCUUAUUCCCCCCCCCCCCCCCCCGGCCCCCUUUGUCCCCUAAGGACCACCGUGUCUCCAAAGCGCGGUAGGCUAGGGGCCGGGGAUGUGUUGGACCACCGGCCUUCUUCUGUUCACAGUGCCUUCUGUAGUCCGAGGGGGGGGGCGCGGCGCUCGCGCUGACGAUGCCAAAACUCACAGCGCAACGCAGAGCUCACGCCUUCUGGGGGGGGGGGGGGGGGGGGGUCCCACAAAACGGUUAUGGUCCGGCUAGUGUGGGGGUGGGGUGUAUUGAGAAGGGAAGUCUGUCAGAGGAGCUGCUCGUCCACCACUGCAGCGAGGAAGGACUUCCUGGUGAAACUUGAAGCAAAAGGUCGCAGGACCAACGACAAUGACACACGAGAAUAUAACAAAAAAAAUCCACAAUGCUGUCUACCGCGUGGGUGUGUAGGGCUCCAGCACUCCAGUGUGCCUAUUAAUACAAGUUGGCAGCCGCCCCAAAGCACCCCCCCCCCCCCCCCCCCCCCCCUCCCCACACAAACACACACGCGCACGUAUAUAUAUAUACAAAAUGUAUAUAACAUCCGUUGUAACUUUGGGUCACCUGUACUACACGUGGGGGGCAGUACCCCAACACUGCCCCCCCCCCCCACAGCUAAGCUCCCAGGAUCCCUUGCAACCACACUGCUGUACAAACCCUCUCUCUCUCCAGAAGGCUCUCCUCACGUCAUCCGUGUGAAGCGCCUCUGGCCGCUUUCUAGUCUCUUGCGUUUGGAUUAGUUCGUCUCCAACUUCUCGACCGGCAAAACUUCUUGUCAGUGUUUUUUGACUGAAUGUAUUGCAUACUGUAAAUAACGGAAAAAAAACUCCCGGAUCUUUUCUGUCUUGUUUACCCCUAUCCCCCCCCCACCUCCCCCAAUUUUAAAAAGGACAUUAGCAGACGGAUUAGAGUGCUAACAAACUGAGAAAACGUCCCACUACCUGAAGCCAUGGUGUUGUGUUCACGGCCCCAUUACGAGACAUACGGUAGGGCGUGGUUCAGGAGACGGCUUCAACGAAGCCCUCUCUGGAGCUCUGCUCACUUUGGGUUUCACUUCUUUUGUUCUCUGAAAAGAAAUGAUUGUUGCAAGUGUCCUUUAGUAUUUGUAUUUGUACUACUCGUACUAAAUGACUUCAUCUAAUAUUGUACAUAUAAUGUACUUUUAUUUUGUGUUGAAUCUAUUAUUAAAUGGUAGAUUUCAUAUUUUGUACAAAAUACCUGGAUAAUGUACAGAAUACAGAGGUUAUUACGACUGCAGUCAGUUGGUAAGGGGCACAGACUUCAACACGUGAAUAUUUACAUUCAGAACUGUAUAGAAUUUGGAUAGUCGCUUUUUUUUUUGGAUGACAUAAAAAAAAAAAAUUGAAAUGUUGACAUCUUUCCGUUUUGGGUUUCUCUUGGAAACGUCGUCAUCCCACAUGUGUCAUCUUUGAGUGUGCUUCGAUCCAAAUCUCCAGUGAUGUACAUCUAUCUAUAUACAGUAAAUAAAGAGAACAUGUGAGUUUUAUAUUUUCAUCCUA